CUAUGGGAGUUAACGGAGGGAGGGUGAUUGACAGCGCCCAAAAUGGCGGCGCCCAUCGUUAUUCCGGAUACGGGCAGUGUCAGAAAAGCAGUGUCCUUCAUCAACACCAUAGAUACUGGCAAGUUUUCUCGCCUGCUCUCCCGCAUCCUUCAGAAGCUUCACUUAAAGGGUGAAAGUACUUUCACAGAAGAAGAGGAAGAGAAACUUCAAAUUGCAUUCUCAGUGGAAAAACAGGAUCUCCACCUCAUCCUCGAAACAAUAACAUUCAUUUUGGAACAGGCAGUCUAUCACAACUUGAAACCAACCGUUCUGCAGCAGCAGCUGGAGCAUUCCCGUGUGGAUCAUGAUAAAGCAGAAGUGUUUGCCACUACGUGGGCUGCUGCAGGGCCAGACACAGUGGAGAAGUUCAGGCAAAGGAUUUUGUCACCUCAGAAGCUUGAGACGGUUGGAUGGCAGCUUAACCUUCAGAUGGCUCAGUCCACCCAAGCAAAACAAAAAUCCCCUCAAGCUGUUCUGGAACUUGGAGUGAUCAAUCAGGAUUCAAAGAAUAUGAAGAAAGUGUUUGUGGAAUUCAAUCAUCAAGAAUUAUUUGAGUUCUAUAACAAGUUGGAAACUGUACAAGCACAGCUGGAUUCCCUUACAUAAUACUGUUCGAAGACUAAGUUCUCCAUCACAUUCCUGUUAUUUCAAUAUUUUCUAUUAAAGCUAACCCAACUGUAUGCUGGAACUAGUGCUCAGCUGAUGGCUUAUCUCUUCUUUGACCAGCAAUGUACAUUUAAAGAGAACGGAUGUUCUAAUUGAAUGCUUCAGCCCUUCAGUCCUACAGUAUUAAAAAACAUGUGCCUGUACAAAAACAGUUCUACAAUGUAGGUAUGUAUGCCAGGGUAGGGCGGGGAAGGCAAACACUGUAUUGUUUUCCAGUUGUUUUGAAAUGUAGUUAUGCAACUUUAUUUUGUGGGGAAUUGCAUGGGAGAUGGCAAUUUGUAGAAUAUUGAUGAAUGAAAUGAACAUCAACAUUAAAAAGAACAGAAGAAUAUAGUAACAAUAACUAAUGAGACAUCUAUUAAUGUAAAAUGUUGCAAUUACAAUAUAUUAACAAUAACAAAUAAAGAUAAUUUUGU